AUGUUUCCUUUCGACCAAGCUUCCCUUCCCCAGAUCACAACCCGCAAAGCCCUUAUUGGCGUGGACUUUCAGCAUGACUUCAUAUCCAAGGAUGGUGCUUUGCCCGUCCACGAGCCGGAGGACUUUGUGGACCAGACUAUCAAGCUAGCCCAGGCAUUUCGAGACGUCGGUGACGUUGUGUGGGUUCAGUCGCAGUUUAGUGAGGUUCGACCUGUUCUUGAAGAACAAACCCUUAUCACCGACAGUGUGCCUAAAACAUCCCGAGCUUCUAAGAGAGGUCGACCAAACAUCCCGGUUGAACCAAUCGACGCUGAUGGCCCUCCAGAUGAAGAGGCAUUCCUGAGCCAUGAGGAUGCUGCAUGUGUCAAGGCGGAUACGCCUGGCUGCCGGAUAGCUUCAGCCAUUGAAGAGUCGCUGCCGAAGACAGACACAAGGUUGACCAAAUCUCACUAUUCAGCCUUCCAGUCAACCCACCUGCUGCGCCUACUACGUGCUAAAAUGGUCAUGGAACUCUUCAUUUGCGGAUCACUCACCAACGUUGGUGUAUAUGCCACAGCUCUUGAUGCCGCAGGCCAUGGAAUGGCCAUCACUAUCGUCGACGACUGUUGUGGUUACCGAUCAGAGUCGAGGAAGACUACAGCAAUAGCCUCCCUAAUAGAACUCACUGGAUGCGAAAUUGCUUCCUAUGACGAGGUCAUGGAGGCGAUACAACCCAAGCCUAAGCCCUCCAAGUCGCAGGGCUCCAGAAAGCCUCCAUCUUCGUCGAAGGGCCUGGAACAACCACAAACUGCAAAGCCAGAUCAUUCAAAAAAUGCAGGCCGCGAGAAGAGCACUACCCCGGAUUUUGUCAAAGACAUGACAAGUCUUCGACUGGCUUCAGAUCCUCCAAGCCCCGCACCAACAUCGACUCAGCCUCAGCCAAAGGCGUCGUCAACAAGUGCAGCUGAAGACCAUGACUCGGAGGUCAGCCCAGAAUCGAAUGCUACAGAAUCCAAUGGCGUUAAUCAGAUCAAAUCUACUGAAGCACCGAAUGGCACACACGAGCCGAACACGGCUAAGGAUUCUCCUAUUAAAGCCGUUGUCACAGAUGUCGUCAAAGCCGAACCAGAGCCAGCAUUAUCGCAACAUACUUCUGAAGGCCAAGAAGAAAACAUCAACGCAGAUCCCCAACACAAUACCGCCCAAACUCAAGACCAAGUCAUAGAACCAUCGUCUCCAGCCGGGACAAGCAAGAAAGAAGAACAAACAAUGAAAGCACAACCAGACAAGACCCAAGGAAUACCCGAGAUGAACAAGCCAUCGACAAUACAUGAUGCCAACCUUCAACAGGAAGGUCUAUGCGAAGGGGACACUGACAUAAUUAAUAAUGUUCUUCCUGAGUCGUUGCUUGAGGGCAUUUUCGAUAAGUUACGCGAAGAGGUGCAAUGGCAGCGUAUGUCUCACCAGGGUGGGCAAGUUCCACGACUUGUUGCAGUUCAGGGUGAGAUUGGAUCAGAUGGGAGCAUCCCAGUCUACCGUCAUCCAUCUGACGAAUCUCCUCCACUGUUGUCAUUUUCUCCUACGGUACUAGCUAUCAAAAACGAGACUGAGAAACAGCUUGGUCAUUCUUUGAACCAUGUACUGAUCCAGUACUACCGAGAUGGAAAUGACUACAUCUCCGAACACAGCGACAAGACUUUGGAUAUCGUCAAAGGAUCUUAUAUCGCCAAUGUGAGCCUCGGCGCUGAACGAACUAUGACUUUUAGAACAAAGAGAAGGGAUAAGGACCCUUCCCAAGAGGAACCCACCUCUCCAACAGCCUCGAAAAGGGUGAUACAGCGUGCCAGACUCCCACACAAUUCUCUAUGCCGACUAGGCCUGAAAAGUAACAUGAAGUGGCUGCAUGCCAUCCGUCAAGACAAGCGUUCAAAGAAGGAAAAAUCUACAGCUGAACUUGCAUACGAAGGAGGCCGAAUCUCUCUGACGUUCCGACAGAUAGGGACUUUUCUGAAUCGUGAAGAGACUCUUAUAUGGGGCCAAGGUGCUAAAGCUAAGACCCUCAAGGAUGCUCACGCUCUCAUUAACGGGCAGUCUACUGAGGCUAUUGAGAUGCUGAAGGCCUUUGGGACCGAGAACCACUCAAGCGAAUUCGAUUGGGACGCGCACUAUGGAAAAGGGUUCGAUGUGUUGCAUAUGAGCAAUGCACCUCGCUUCUUUGCCUGCAGUGACCCAACUAUCAAUAUGCGCAUUGCUCUCAUGUUGGCGGAGUUUGGCGUGAACUACGCAAAGGGAAGCAUUACGGCAGGAUCCGAACCCACAAAUUCUGAGAACCUGGCAGUUAAAUUCGUGGACAAGGACACAUCCACUGCUCAGGGCGAUCUGGCUGUCAUGUCGUACAUUGAUGCCCGCUAUGGGCUUGGAAGACCUGGCAGCACCCCACAAGCACCGAAGGACCUGGCCAUUCGACUCACUCGUUUCCAGCGUGCCAUGGCUCUUUUGGAUAUGUGGAAAAACCUCCCCAAGGAAACCAAAAGCGGAAAACGAGACAUUAAAUCUCUCAAACAAGAGCUUGAAGUUUGGGACGGGUUCAUCGCUGAGGACGAUGGGCCUUACAUCGCUGGUGUGGAACUGUCUCUGCCCGACUUUGCCUUCUGGCCAAUUUUGCACAACAUGGUGGAAGAAACAGGGCCAGAAACUCUCCAGGACCACAAAGGGCUCCGCGAAUACUAUGAGAAGAUUGGCAAGAGGCCCAGUGUCAAGAAGGUGCUUGGCAAGCAGCCGCAGCAGCAGUCAUAG